AAGAAUGUGUGGGAAAUAGCGAUUGAACUCGCAGAAUCACAAACAAAUUAUAACAAGGAUUCAACACUAGUUGUGGUCGGAAGCAAACAAGGAGGCAAAACAAGUUUAAUUUAUAGGUUUAUAGACAAAACUGAUGCCCCGAAACCUACAGUAGCCUUGGAGUACACAUACGGGCGAAAACAUAAGGAAAACGAUUCCAGUAAACAAGUUUGUAAUGUAUGGGAAUUGGGCGGAGGAGUAAUGUUCACUAAUUUGAUUGAAUUCGCAAUAAGUAUCCAAAGUCUAGAGAGGACAUCAUUGGUUAUAGUCAUUGAUUUGUCAGCGCCUGAAGAAUUGAUCAUUACUAUUGAAACACUUCUUAAUUCAAUUCGAGACCACAUUUCUAAGAUUUUGUCCGACAGUUAUGACAAGAAUUUGAAUGAUAGACUAAAAGAGAAAUCAAUGAACAGAAUUGGAAAACAAAACGAAGACAUUCAGCAAAUCAUCCCAUUUUUGAUCCCAAUAGUGAUUAUGGGAACUAAAUAUGACAUCUUUCAAAAUUUAGAUCCAGAAAAACAAAAACUAAUUGUAAGAUAUCUGCGGCUAAUAUCCCAUACAAUGGGCGCCCAAUUGAUAUUUGUUUCGACCAAAUCCGAGGCACUUAUGGUGAAAAGCCGAACAGUUCUCAACGCUUUAGCCUUUAAGACACCGAUUGAUUCGUUGGGAUUUCAAAGUGAUUACAGAAAACCAAUUGCAAUACCGUUCGGAAGCGACUCAUUCAAAAAGAUUGGCGCCGAGUCUAUAGAUGCCAUCAAACGCACCUACAUUGCAAUUUUCCCACAAAUGGUCACUCAAGUGGUCAUACCCGACGAUCCGGCAAAGGAUAUCAAUUUCAAGGAAAGGGAUAUCGACUUAAUUAGAGCACAAAGAGAUAGCGAAUUGGAAGACUAUAAAAGGCAACCGCAACUCAAACAACAA